AUGCCACCACCUGGUAUGAUGCAGCAGCAGCAGCCACAUCCACUAUUUGGUAUGCCACCCGCUUACACAACUCACCCAUCUAUGCCACACCUACCCGUCGGAGCCAUGAACACGAACAUCAACCCCUACCCUCCGGGCUACCCCGGUCCCAACCACGGCCCCGGCCCGGGGCCUGCGCCUCCGCCUGCGCCUAGUUCAACAUCAAGUAGCAGUACUGCGCCACCAGCACAGCCACCACCGCGCCGGGGCUCCGGACGGCGCUACGAACACGUACCCAUGGGCGCAUAUGCAUCUACUGAGAAAGCAAAACGACAGCGUCCGCGUGCAGAACCGCAGACAUCGGCGCGCUUGAACAAGGGACAGUUAUCAGAGAAGAGGGUUGGGCCUUCGGGAAGGGAGUGGAUUGACGGAGAUCCGUUUCUUGAUGCAUGUAUAUGUACGACUGGCUGUGAUUGCCGGAAGAAUCAACGUGUGUUAUACCGUGCACGGCACGAUAGGCCGCAUCGGGGUAAGGGAAGUGAUGAUGAUUCUGAAGAUGAUGGUGAUGAGUAUGGGAGUGGGGAGAUACGGUAUAUACUUCGAGACGAUCUAGGCCGUGAUUGUGGAGAUCACUCUGGAUGUAAAAAGGACAAGAGUAAGAAGAGUGAGAGUGGAAGCGAAGACAGCAAGAAGCAAAAGAAGAAAACGAAGAAGGAAAAACGCAAGGAGGAGAAGAAAGAGGAGAAGAAGCGAAAGGAAUCGUUCCAAGGUCUCAAGGACGAUUUGCUAGAUGCGCUCGAUUCGCGAUUCCAUGACAUGAACAAGGCACACCAACAGCAGCAACCUACCUCAACAACUCCCCCGCAACCACCACACCCAUUCGGAGGCCCCGGAAUGGGACCCAGUCCUUUUACGAUGGGUGGUCCGCAUCAUAUGGAUCCACGUAUAGCUCAACAGAUGGGCAUGAUGGGUGGUGAAGGCUAUCGCAUGGGUGUAGAUAUGCCUGGCCGAAUGCCACCUGGCAUGCCAGACCCCACCAGUAGACGAGGGAUGCAAUAUCAAACCAUGGGCAUGGGCAUGGGCAUGGGCAUGGGCAUGGGCAUGGGCGGCGGCGGCGGCAUGGCAGAAUUUGAAGAUGAUAACUCUGAAAUGGGGCCGUUGGGCAUGGGAAUGCCAAGUCCACAUGUCAUGCCAGCAGGCAUGCAGAAUCACAAAGCUGGUAUGCGCCGAAACUUUAUGUCGCACCGCGGGGCCAGAGAAGGCGGGGCACAACGACAGUUUGGCGGAGGUCUAGACAUGGAUCCAAUGGCGGCAGUGCAAGCCGCCCAAGCCAUGGCUCAAGGCCGCGGAAGAGGAGGACGAGGCAUCAUGCGCGGUCAUAUAGGCGGUGGUGGUGUAGGAACCAGGGCAGCACAAUCAUACUCCGAAUCCGACGAGUUUGAUUUCGGACCUCCGGGUCCUUCAAUACGAUCUUCAGGCAUCCAGCGACAUGGUGCUGCGUACGAUCGGCCCGGCGGUCCUCGUGACCGAAGACACAAUAGCAACGACUCUUGCUCGCUACCAAGAUCACACAAGUUUGGCGCCAGCCCGCACAGGAAAGCCGUGGGCAGUCAAGACGGCGGCAAGCAACCCCGCGUUGAGACAGAUGACGACGAGGCAUACUGA